ACCUGUUCCAACACAAUUGCUAGCAUGGUCAAGUCAACUUUAAUAUAUAGAUACGACGCACUCCCAUUGUGUGGUUCUGUGGAUGACAACAAUGACCCAGCCCUAACCGAGCAGAAGAAGAAGUGUAAAAUUGUGAUCAGUCGGAUCACCCCCAACUCGGAGCCACAAGCCACCAUAGAGUCGGGUGCCUUCAGCAUCCACUACUUGAUUGCCAACUCCAUCAUAUACAUGUGCAUUUGUGAAAAGAGCUAUCCCAGAAAAUUGGCUUUUUCCUACUUGACGGAAGUAUCAACCGAGUUUGACAACAGUCACGGCAAGAGUGCCUUGAGCCAGACAGCCCGGCCCUACGGGUUCAGCUCGUUUGACAAUUUUUUGGGCAAAACAAAAAAGAUAUAUCAAGACCAAAGAGCUCAGUCCAACUUGGAUAAGUUGAAUUAUGAGUUGGCCGACGUCAAGAAGGUGAUGACUAAGAACAUUGAGGACUUAUUGUAUAGAGGCGAUUCGUUGGACAAGAUGAGCGACUUGUCCAAUACUUUAAGAAAUGACUCGAUCAAGUACCGAAAAAAGGCCCAACAGAUCAACUUUGAGGCCAUGUUGAGACAGUAUGCGCCCAUUGUGGGCGUGGGGCUCUUUCUUGUGUUUUUGAUUUGGUACAUGUUUCUCCGGCGAUAAUAUACGUUAGUAUUAGAGGCGUUGUAGUAAAAGCUAAAUAGGAUACAAGUCUGCU